CUUCAGGAGAUGGACGGAGAGAGGAACGUCUCUGAUACACACCUGCUCACUCACAGCCUGUGGGAGGCGGUCACCAUAGCAACCGUCUCCGCCGUGGUCAGCCUCAUCACCAUCGUGGGGAACGUUCUGGUGAUGCUGUCCUUCAAGGUGAACAGCCAGCUGAAGACGGUCAACAACUACUACCUGCUGAGCCUGGCCUGCGCUGACCUCAUCAUCGGCGUCUUCUCCAUGAACCUCUACACGUCGUACAUCCUCAUGGGCCGCUGGGCUCUGGGAAGUGUGGCCUGCGAUCUGUGGCUGGCUCUGGAUUACGUGGCCAGUAACGCGUCUGUGAUGAACCUGCUGGUCAUUAGUUUUGACCGCUACUUCUCCAUCACACGUCCACUGACGUAUCGUGCCAAACGGACCCCGAAGCGAGCGGGAAUCAUGAUCGGAUUGGCUUGGCUCGUGUCUUUCGUCCUCUGGGCUCCGCCCAUCCUCUGCUGGCAGUAUUUCGUCGGAAAGCGAACGGUUCCUGAAGGACAGUGUCAGAUUCAGUUCUUCUCUGAACCUGUGAUCACGUUUGGCACGGCGAUAGCCGCCUUUUAUGUUCCCGUAUCCAUCAUGACCAUCCUCUACUGUCGGAUCUAUAAGGAGACCGAGCGGCGCACCAAAGACCUGGCCGAGCUUCAAGGACUCAACUCUUCGACUAAUUCGGACACGCAGAAUUGUAAGACUCGUUCGUGUCUCACUUCAAAAGACAGGUCCUGGACGUCCAAACCGGCUGAAGAGCAGCUGACCAACUUCAGCUACGCUUCAUCCGAAGAAGAAGAGCGUUCGGCUUCUCCUUGUGUCUUCAAAGAGACGAGAAACAAAAAGUGCAUUUCUUAUAAAUUCAAAGACGUUCGUUCUACAAAGAGCGCUAAUGGAGAGGAAAAGCCCUCUUCGUUGUCGUCGGCCGAGUCUGUGAACGCACCGUCUUCCUCCAAACCUGUGGAAGGCACGCUGAAGAGCCAGAUCACCAAGAGGAAGAGGAUGGUUCUGAUCAAGGAGAAGAAGGCGGCGCAGACUCUCAGCGCCAUCCUGCUGGCCUUCAUCCUCACCUGGACGCCCUACAACAUCAUGGUGCUGGUGUCCACCUUCUGCUCCGACUGUGUGCCGCUCUCGCUCUGGCAUCUGGGAUACUGGCUGUGUUACGUCAACAGCACCGUCAACCCCAUGUGCUACGCUCUGUGCAACAAGACCUUCCAGAAGACCUUCCGCAUGCUGCUGCUGUGCCACUGGAGGAAGAAGAGGAGCGGAGCGAAGCCAGCGGCCGGAAACACUCUCAGCUGAGACAGAUCUGACCUCACACUUACACUCAGACGGCUUUCCUUAGAGGGACACACUACAAUUCAGUUUGUGUGUGUGUGUGUGUGUGUUUAAGGAAGCCUCUUCUGCUCAGCAAAAAUCUGAGAUACAACUAUUUGAAAAUCUAAAUCUAAAAAAAAACAAAUAUUGAGAAAAUCAUCUUUAAAGUUGUUUGGAUGAAGUUCUUAGCAAUGCAUAUUACUAAUCAAACAUUACGUUUUGAUAUAUUUACGGUAGGAAACUUACUAAAUAUCUUCAUAGAACAUGAUCUUUACUUAAUAUCCUAAUGAUUUUUGGCAUAAAAUAAAAAUGUAUAAUUUUGACCCAUACAAUGUAUUGUUGUGUAUUGCUUCAAAUAUACCCCAGAGACUUCAGACUGCUUUUGAGCAAC